GUCGAAGGGGAGGGAGCCCUCUGUUCCCAGCCCGACUUCCGUCCGGCCCUGCCUUUCCCCACUGGAAAGUGCUUCCGAGGGCACAGCUGCUGAGGCAGCCGCUGCCGGAAGGAACGUUGGUCUCCUGUCCUGGGGCAGGUUAGUUCCUGGUCACCUCUAUUAAACUUGAAGAUUUCAAAGUGCAUUUGGGAUACAUUUUUUCCUCAGGAAACUAAUGCCAAGAAAUAGAUCUACUCCUCUGAUGACAAUACAAGUGCUCUGGCUUCCUAUUCAGCUUUUUGAUUAAGGUUCCAAAUUCAAUGAAAAGCACAAGUUCUUUCUAAUUUCUCAUGAAGCCACACUAUUGCUUGUUCACUUUGGUGGUGAAUGCCAUUAUUCCGGCUGCAUCUUUCCUGGAUGAUAUAGAAUACAAUGGAACGAUAGCAGUAGAAACAAAUCAUACCACUUACAAUGUCUCCUUUCACCCAGCCUUUGAAAUCUCAUCUAAUUCUCACACAAAUGGUGAUUUCAUUAUAGCCAAAGAAGGAACCAGCGUUUUGAUUGAAUGUCUUCUCACCACCAGCCAUUAUGAAGAUAUUCUUUGGUACAAUUCCAAAGGGCUGUUGCUUGAUCAGGAAGGAGGAGGUGGAAAAUGGUUGAUCUUCAAAAACUACCUGAAUAUCACCAGCAUAACCUUUGCUGACCGUGGGCUUUAUACUUGUCUAGUCACCUCUCCAGUCCAUGCUUCUUAUUCUGUCACCCUAAGAGUUAUCUUCACUUCAGGAGACAUGAGCAUCUACUACAUGAUUGUUUGUCUGAUUGCCUUCACGAUAACACUUAUCUUGAAUAUUACACGUUUGUGCAUGAUGAGCAGCCACCUUCGAAAGACUGAGAAAGCCAUCAAUGAAUUCUUUAGGACAGAAGGUGCAGAGAAGCUUCAGAAGGCCUUUGAGAUUGCCAAACGCAUCCCCAUCAUUACUUCAGCCAAGACCCUAGAACUGGCCAAAGUUACACAGUUUAAGACCAUGGAGUUUGCCCGCUAUAUUGAGGAACUGGCGAGAAGUGUUCCUCUCCCACCUCUCAUUCUUAAUUGUAGGGCAUUUGUAGAGGAGAUGUUUGAGGCAGUACGGGUGGAUGAUCCUGAUGACAUGGGAGAAAGAAUCAAAGAAAGACCAGCUCUCAGUGCCCAAGGUGGUAUCUAUGUCAUCACUUCAGAAAUUGGACGUAGUAAUUCCCCAGAAGGAGAUUCAGAGGAUGGCUCCCUGAAUGAGCAGGGCCAGGAGAUAGCAGUUCAGGUGUCUGUUCAUCUCCAGUCAGAAACUCAAAGCAUUGGUACAGAUUCUCAUAACAGCUGUCAUUCCAACCCAUCCGAAGAGGUAGGAUCUCCUGAACUCAACUCUAACUGCAAAGAGGGGGCAUCUGAAAGUUAACGUUUGAUAUCUUCACACCAAAUGGGGGAAGGUAUCUAGGAGAGCACACCUGCCUCUGUCAACAAUGACAAACAGCAGUUCCUGGGCUUUUUUUGCAGAAUGAAAAUCGCCAAAUUUCAUAGAGGGGAAUGCAAUUGUUUUCUUGUUUGAUGGUCGUCAGCUCCCCAAAUUUUUUUCAGACAUAGAUUCCUUGAAUUUUAGAGCUGUAAAAAAAUGUUAGAAAUCGUUGUGGCAUAGUGAGAAAUCAGAUUAGAAGUCAGAAGACCCAGAGUUGUAGUCUUUGCCCUUCUAUUGGUAACCAUGAACAAUUACUUUAUCUCGUGGCCUCAGUAAAAUAAGGGGAUCAAACUAGAUGAUCUCUAAGCCACUUUCAAGCUCUAAAGUUCUGUUAGCCAUUUUCUCUAAACCAGCAAAAUCUUUAACACAUCCCAAUUAAAAAAAAAACAAUCUUUCCCUGAGUCUUUCACUACCAAUUUAGGAAAGGGCCUAGAGCUUGACUUUGUUCCUUUGUUUAGAUGUCUACUCUAAUGUCAUGAUGCCAAAAGAUAGGAUUUGGGAGGUUGUUUGGUUUUUUUCCCCAAAUAUUUUAUCACAUGGAUAGUGAAAUUAUAUGUCCUUGGCUAAAUCUCUAUGAUGAACUAUGCUUGUAUAUUUGUUAAUAUACAAGAUAAAAUUAAUAUCCAGAUAAUAUAGGAUACUAAUUUAAAUCCAUGAAUAAAUUACUCUGAAUAAAUUGUUCCCAUUCGAAAGGUCUAUUUGUUUUUUAGGUCACUGGGUUACCAUUUAAUGCAUUGAAGGUAGUAACUUACCAAAUGGUCCAUUCACAAAGGUAAUUUCACCUAAAAGAACUUUUUCUUUGAUGUUUUAUUUGAAUAAGAUACAAGAUCCGACUGUCUUUCUCUGGUAUAAAUCAUGAGAUAUUAAGAUUUUUAAAUAAUUGUUCAGACUAACUUUUUUUUCCAGAUAUUCUGGGCCUUGGGAAAAGAUUGCAUGAGAGAAAUCCCAUUCUAACCAUUUCUCAGUCUUCAAAAGUCCAUAGAGUAAUUAUCCUUAGUCAUUUAAAUAUAGCAGUGAAGAUUGUCUUUCGGUAUCUAACCCCUAUCCUCUAACCCCUCUAACCCUAUUUGAAUUUGGAGACAGGACUGCAUUAGUGGCCAAUUAGAAGAAAUUCAAGAGGUUUACUAAGGAGUCUUAAACCUUUAAUAAAAUCUAUGUUAUGUUUACUUUUAUACUUUGAUGGGUCGAUGAUUUUACUGAUGUUUAUAUAUUUUCCACUAACUCACAGUUACUAUGGCCAAAGAAAUUCAUUACCUGGAAAGCCAGCCUUUGGAUGAUAAGCCUCAUCUGAAUUUCCUGGGCUUUUGAAUGACAGACACAUAAUCUAUCACUGGUCCCUUUCAGCUCAGUGGAACCUGCUAUGGGACUAUCAGGCAUGGUUUUAAAGGAUCCAGGCUCGGGGGUGGCUAGGUGGCACAGUGGAUAAAGCACUGGCCCUGGAUUCAGGAGUACCUGAGUUCAAAUCCAGCCUCAGACACUUGACACUUACUAGCUGUGUGACCCUGGGCAAGUCACUUAACCCCCAUUGCCCUGCAAAAAAAAAAAAAAGGAUCCAGGCUCACCUCCAUGACAUGGUGAAUCCAUAGCAGUAGGAUUUUAGUGGAAGUGGUUAUAUUACUGUAUAAAAAUAAAAUACCAGUUGGUCUUAGAAUUAUCUCAAAGCAUGAAUUUUGUAAUGUGGGAUUUGUGGUUCAGUUGUAUAUAUGAACCAUUCAGAUUGCAUUUCUUGUUUGAGAUGUGGUGUUAUUAUCUCUCAUAAACAUGCUAUACAGAUUAAUUUCUUUCAGUUCCUGAAAGUACAGUGCCAUAUAAUUUUAAAAACUUGGCAACUAAAAUGCUAUUUAGUACCUCACAUUUCUCUCAUUUGGCUUCCAAUUAUUGAAACAUAACCGGAAAGAAUGGCUCCUGAGGGAAACUUAGAGAAGAUUUGAUAAGCAUUUAAUUUCUGGUUUCACAGAAGUAACCCAUCUGCCCUGGACAGGAACAGAUCCAUGUACAAUUGUAUCAGAUGCCAUUAAGGAUAAAAAGAGAUGAUGCAUCCAUUUCCGAACUAGUGAAAGGUUGGGUAUUCUUAGCUGAUGAACCGAUAUAAUUCUACAAAUAUUGUUUUUUCCUAUAGAUUUUGGCCGUGGAGCAAAGGUCUUUGAUUUUGAACAUCUGAAAGUUUCAGAACACUUCUUUCUCUUUUCCCACUAUUACCAUAAUGUUAGAAGAACAAACAAAAUGCGUUUUAUUUAGUUGACCUGGUACACUCUGUUUUAUGUCCCAGAUGUGGCUUUGACCUAAGAAGAUGCAAUUUGAUCAGAAAAUACAUCUUUUUCUAGAACACAACUGCCAUGUUACAGAAAAUAGCUUUAUAUGGAAUAUUUUGCUGGGAGAAAUUGAAGUGUUUUAGGAAUGCUAAUAUAUGGUCCAUAAUGAUUACUUUCCAACAAAAUGACACCCCAGUUUGAUGGAUUUUUUUUCUGCAUAGUUUCACACUAAAGCAUGCAAUUUGAUGAGAACUAGCCAACCAAGAAAUAUGUGAGAAUAUUUUGAAAGUAUACAAGAAUAACUUGGUUUUGAAGCAAUUGUGGCUGCAUAAUUGUGAACAACCUAGAGAGAAUAGUCCUCUUGGCAGUUAGUCUAAAUCACCAUUUAAGCAGAGAUGUUAUCUCAGGCAUCCUUCUCCCUUUCCUAUCUACCCCCUACCACCAGCAUUAUUAAUUGAUUCCCUGAAAAUACAUUGGGCAAAAUUAUGAGGAUGUUGGAUUCAUAGCUCCAGCUCAAAUUCAAAUCAUUGCCAGUCACUUUGCAUCUCAGGCAAACAGAUAAAUGAGGUUUUAUUUUUUAAUUUUCCAAUAUUAUAUUGAGGAUCAAUUAUCAUAGUAGUGAUCUCAAAUGUUUGAUCUGAGCAAUGUUAUGCAAAGUAACCCUACAUUGUUUAACACAUGUUUUCAGGAAGAAGAAACCAUGUUUGUUAUUAUUCUCUGUAUUUAUUAUUCAUAUGUUGUCAGGUUUUAACUUUUUGUAAAAUUCUUAACUUUCUGAACUAAAACUACAGUUUCUGGACAAUCACUGUAGUGUAUUUAUCUUUUUAGCCUGACUUGGUUUUUUAAAGAUUAUAAAAUGCUGUUCUAUAAUAUUUCUAAAAUAAUUUCAUUAUGGACAUUUGUAAUUUUUAAAUUGUAUUGUGGUUUAUGAACAACCAAAAAUGUUGUCUAUCAAUGGUAAACUUACAGAAUAAAUUUUACCAAAAAAAAUGAAGAAUUUUCUCUUUUCUCAUUAAAAUCAAGAGCACUGUCUUUCAAGAAGAUACUGGUUUAGUUUGCGUGCUGUCCAAUUUGUGGCAUUGGGCUUUUUGUUCUAUUUUUACAACAAAAAUGUUGUUAUUACAACAUUUUGUCAUGUUUUAAUGUCCUGGCCUCAGGCCCCUUGACCAUCUGUUUCUUACCAACUGCCUAGAUAAAGAACCCUUCUUAAUUAGUUAAUACUAAGUAAAAACGGUCCCAACACAUACAGAUAAUCAGAAUAUGAAGUUGAUCCCCAAAUAAAAUGAUGAGUUCCAAACUAUUUCAAUCUAUUUUCUCUGUGGCCUUUUCUAAUCUCUAAUCUAUGUGCUUAAGUUUUGUUAUUUGGGGGGUUUUGUGUUUAUAUUGUAAUUAUAUUCAACAUAUAUUGUUAUUUGUAUAUUGCUGACUUGU